AACAGAUGAUGAGAAGGCGUCAAUCCAAAUUCCUGACAAGUUGUGCUUAGAGCCAAAGAUGAAUAAGAGCAUGGAGUCCAAUGGAGAAGCACCUAUAAAUGACCUGUCCAAGUGUUUGUCCUGCAAGUGGGCAACUGGGGUUGGUCCACGUAUUGGGUGGGUUAGGGAAUACCCAUCAGAGCUACGACUCCAAGCGCUUGAGCAAGUCCGCCUAUCAGCAAGACCACAACCAAAGCCAACGGUCCGGGUCUCCAAAGGCUACUUCGGUAGAGUGGGGCUUCUUACUCACUGGCCUCUGCCUAGAGAUUUUGUCACUUGCUUUUGACCAGGCUUCCUCCCCAAGUAAGCCCCAAUAUGCACUGUUUGGUAUGAUAUUGGCUAUUGCUGCUGUACUCAUUUGCAUCUGGGAGCUCAUUUACAAGGGUAAAAGGGAAAGAGUUGUAUUGAGGCAGUGGGGACGGUUGUGGUGGUUCUAUUAUCCACAUUCCCAGCAUAGGCUUUUUGGUACUCUUCCGGACUUUUAUGGAUUAGUUGGGGGAAUUUCCUAGUGUAUGCUAGACUGUUCAAUACGUUUGCUUCCGUGGAGUGCUGAAAGACAGAGAAGACCAUAAAUACUUUCUUCAAGUCUUCAAUAGAAUCUGUGGAGUGCUGUUGUGCUAAACUCCACCCAUGCCCCGCCAAGGUUAGGAGAAACACUUGUGUGCAACGAAGAUAGCACUGUUUCGCUAUUCCCUACGAAUCACACUAUAUGCGACGAAUGAUACAUUUUCCACUUGACGUAGUGUGAUUGGCCGAACAUUAAAAAAAACAAAAAAAAAAGUGUUAUUCCCGUUUCAUUUCUGCAAGUAGCUGUUUUGGGCCCCAGUUUAAUUUCUUGGGAUUUGUUAAUUUUGAUCAAAGUUAGAGUUAUAAACUUCUUGGUUUGCAUUUGUUUUUUAUUUUUUUUGUUCUUUUGUUUUUGUUUUUGUUUUUUGGAGUUACCUGGGGAUCACCUCUCACAUACAUCUGGCUAGGGUCAGUUGUGGCAACGUGUGAAAACGAGUGAAAGUAGGGCACAUGACAGGACAGAAAUUUUUGUCCGAAGCCAAAUAAAAUUAUGUAGGUAGCUGUAGUUAUUAGAUCUUUGCUAGCAGCAUCCUUGGGAUACUGCCAAAUGAACUGAUUUAUAUAAGCACAACUGCACAAGCUGAACGCCGGCCACAGCAGGCAGUUGA